AUGGUCAGCAAAUUCCUAAGUUUUUCUAGUUUAGAGCACCAUCUAUCUGGUAAGAGGCUGGGAGGGUUUCCCGUUCGUUUGCGCUUCACAAUGGAGGCAAUCAUUUCUGCGGUUCUUGGUGAUCUUGUCGGCAGAGCUAUAUCCUUCGUGGUCGAGAAGCACCACGAGCAGACAACCGCUGAGGAUCUGCAGAGGCUGCGCAAGCUGCUUCUGAGGAUAAGUGCUGUUGUCGAGGAGGCCGAGGGGCGGCAUGUCACAAACCGGGGGAUGAUACAUCAGGCUAGCACGAUGAGAGAGCAAAUGUUCAAAGGGUACUACCUUCUCGAUGCCUUCAGGUGCAGAGAGAAGAAGACCGGUGACGAGGAGGUGAGUCGCUUCUUGUUUGCUGAAUCCAAUUUCAAUCCGGCUAAGCGUUUUCGCCGCCUUUCUAGCAACACUCAGAUUGAGAGCACGGUUAUUGUUAGAGUAAGCAGUCAGGAGCUUAAACAGGUUGUUCUUGGCCUAGAAAGCAUGGUUGUUGAUAUGAAUGAGUUUGCUAUAUUUCUGAUGAGCUACCCUCGCAUGUAUCGCCAACCCUAUGGCGCAUAUUUAUUUGUGGACAAGUAUAUGUUUGGCUGCCAAAUGGAGAGGGAACAAGCUAUCAGCUUCUUGCUACAAGCAGAGCCUCCGUAUGGAAAUGUGGGUGUCCUUCCAAUUGUUGGUUCUGCACUUGUUGGGAAGAGUACUCUUGUGGACCAUGUUUGCAAUGAUGAGCGUGUACAGAAUCACUUCUCCUUGAUCUUGCUCUACAUUGGAAACAACCUUCAAGAUGAAACGAUGACAACUUUUAGAGAUCAUUGCGUGAUCAAGCAUCAAAAUAUUUCCUUGGAUGAAGAGAAGUCGUUGGUAGUCAUUGAGCUCUUAGGGGACGUGGACAAAGGAGUAUGGAAGAGACUUCUGCACUCUUCUGAACGAUGCAUGCCACAUGGGAGCAAGAUCAUAAUCACUAGCCGAUCAGAGAAGGUGGCCAGUCUUGGAACAACGGAAGCCGUCAGGCUAAAUUAUUUGUCUAAAGAAGCUUACUGGUAUUUCUUCAGGAUGCUCGUGUUUGGUAGCACGGAUCCGGAGGAGCAACCAAAGCUAACAUCCAUAGCCAUGGAGAUAGCCCUAGAGAUGCGUGAAUCUUUCAUAUACGCAUAUGUUGUUGCUGCCUUACUGAGAGAAAAUUUUAGUGCUCGGUUCUGGUGCAGGGUUCUCAGACACCUUAGGGAGCACAGGCAGAAGAAUAUCUUGUUGUUAGGUGAAUGUCCUGUUGAUGAAGAACAGCCACGGUAUGUUUGGAGCAUGGCCAAAAGGCGGCAAGGUUCUGAGGAUAUUAAGUUCUAUCUGCAAGGGUGUCACCCUCAAAAAGGGCCUGUUUCUCAUGGCGAGAUUCCAAAGAUAACAGUGAUGGAUCUGCUAUCUGGCACCUGGAGUGCUAUGCCACGGGGAAAAUUUGAGGUCUUGUCCUGGAGGUCUCUCAUACCACCGUACUACAGCUACACAACUGUUUGCGAGUUUGUCCGGCACGAGAGUAGUACCACAGCAUAGAUGAAGAAGAGGAGUGCUCUUUGGCACCGUCGUGACACUGCUUUGAAUUACUGGUGGUUGUCUUCUUGUCUUUUGGACCAUGGUUCACCAGAUUGGUAGAUGCGACUUCCUUAAUUUGCUGGUGUAAAAGUUAGUGGUAUUUAAGUUGAUCUGGUUCUUGACUCGAGCUUAUAUGGAGUAUAUUGUAACUAGUACCUAAUUACCGGUUGUGCUUACUUGUAUGGAGCUAGGUGUUAGUACAUAUGUCUCCUUAAUUACCGGUUGAGCUUAUAUGGAGCCAGAUGUUUACAUAGGGCUCCUUAAUUGCCGGUUGUGCUUGUAACCACUUGUGUACUCUUCAUCUGAAUAAACAAGCCCUUGACUAA